UCCUACCAAAACUAAAUCCCCCCUAAAACUCCCCCCCAUUCCUUGGUCCCGGUUCUGCAGAACUGCUUCCUUAGUUUACAACUACCCCUCCAUCCCUUGCUCAAAUUCAAGCACCACUCGCAAAUCAGGUAGGUUGGUCUCUUCCUUUCUCUUCGUCUUUCCCUUGGCAGUAUGUUUUAGUUUCAUGUUUGGUGGAGUCACUUGCAACGGUCUCACUGAAUCACCGUCGUGGAGAGGACCCUCCAGGGUCUGCUGUCGUCUCUUUUAAAACCAUUCCCUCCAUCCUCCCUCUCUCUUACAUUUCUUUGCUUUUUCUUCUUCCGUCUACAUUCUUAAGUCUCUACUUGGUCGGCUUUUGUGAAAUUUUCUCAAAGUUCGACGUGACUACUUUACCAAAGAAAUCAUCGCAUCCAACCCCUCAUUUUCGUUGUGACAUCUCAAUCCGCAAGUGCUUACUACCAGAAUAGUUUCCAGCCCCGUUGUAGGAAACAUCAAUAAAAAUGUCUAAGCUCUUUAUCGGCGGCCUUGCCUGGCACACCACUGACGAGACCCUCCGUGAGGGAUUCUCGCAAUAUGGAACAAUCGAAGAAGCCAUCGUCGUCAAGGACCAUGACACCCACCGCAGCCGUGGAUUCGGAUUCGUCCGCUUCGCUUCUGAUGCUGAGGCCGACGCUGCCAUGAACGCCAUGAACAACCAGGAAUUCGACGGCCGUGUCAUCCGUGUCGACAAAGCCUCGGAGUCGAGACCGCGCAUGGGCGGUGGUGGUGGAUUCCAUGGACGCGGUGGCUACAACCGUGGCUACAACGGCGGCGGCUGGCGUUCCCAGCAGCAGGAGCCUGAGGCUGCAGAGUAAGCUGCGCAAGCUAUUAUAGCAUUGCCGAUGGCUUACUACGGACCGGUCUCUUGUCCUAUCCUUCAUUUCUUUUCACGAUUUUUUCCCUCUUUCUCGCAUGUCAGCUGCUGUUAGUCCCUUCGGA